UUGAGAGAAUACUCCGAUCAGGACCAGAUUCACCAUUUUCACUGCCUCCCCAACAGCUUAUCAUCUCUGGAUCUGAGCGAUAAUGAAGAUGAAGACGGCACUGUGAUGGCCGCGGCGGCUAGCGAGUCGGAGAUGGCAAUCGAACGCACUCUCGUUCAGCGCCGUCGCACCUUUGACGGCAGAGAACGCCGUGCCCGGUAUCUCGUUCAGCGCCGUCGCACCCGACUGAGAGGCUCAGUUGUCGGACGACCAGUGGACCGAGCGGCUCCGGAGGUUGAGGAGGCCAUCCGCCACCACCUCUGCACCUGA